UUGGCCCUCUCCUCUUCGAUUUCCUAUUGUGGAAGGUGAAGGAGAAAUUUGUAUCAGACGGGACGUGUCAAAGGGAAAAACAAAAAUCAUCACGAAUCGCCAUUUCUCUGUUUUCACUAUCCACUGGUGCCCACAGUCGACUUCAAAAUGGAGAGCCGAGAAGGAUCGAAUCCCUACAAUAAUGUUAAAUGUUCACUGUCUGUAAAUGACAAGGAAUAUUAUUACUUCAAUCUCCGAAGCGUUGACCCAGGAAAAUACGAUAAGUUGCCCUUUUCUAUUCGUGUUUUGCUCGAAUCUGGAGUUCGUAACUGUGAUGGUUUUCAUGUUACAAAAGAAGAUGUGGAAAAAAUCUAUAAUUGGGAGCUCCAUCAAAAAAGUGAACAAGCCAUAGAAGUGUCAUUCAAGCCUUCAAGAGUUAUUCUUCAAGAUUUCACUGGGGUACCUGCCCUUGUUGAUUUUGCUGCUAUGAGAGAUGCUGUAAAUCAAUUUGGAGGCAACCCUAUGACUAUCAACCCUAUUUGCCCUGCUGAUCUAGUGAUUGAUCAUUCAGUUCAAGUUGACUUUGCACGCAGUGCAAAAGGCACAGCAGCACCAACAGACUUCGGAUCUUCGCCUACACUUCGUGUCGUAGAUUUAGAAGACGCUUACGGUAGCUUGAGGUCUCACACAGCACGUCAUCGCUUGCCUGUUUUCCUUAAUCUGAAAGACGAUUCUUCGAAUAUCCAUCCGAUCAGUGGGCGGGGCACUCCUCAUCGGACUCGAGAGACGGAGCCUUCAUUCAAGAACUCUUGUCAUUCAAUCGAACAUCUACCGGCUGUUCCAAGAAAUCUGAACGAAGGAUCGGAAUCUAGUGUCCCACGAAGACGUGUCUCGCCCGUUCGGGCUUUGUGCGGAGGCCAAUGCGAUGGCGUGACCUGCAUGCUCUCCACAACGAGUGUCAUCGAAUCCCCGUGUCUUAGAGUCGAAGAAAUCAAAGAAAAUCUUGGUAAACGUUUGGGUUUGACAGCAAUCCCGAUCCCGGAUCGUCUAUGCCCGACUUUGAUGGACCAAAUUUGCCCGUUCCAUCACAUUCCCUCUUUGUGGUCAGAUGCUUUGGAUAAAAAUCAAGAUUUGGAGUUCGAGCGCAAUAAGGAGCGUUUCGCGUUCUUGAAGUGGGGAGCGCAGAACUUCAAAAAUAUGUUGGUUGUCCCUCCUGGUUCUGGAAUCGUUCAUCAAGUAAAUUUGGAAUAUUUGGCUCGUGUUGUUUUUGACCAAGAUGGUCUGCUCUACCCAGAUUCAGUUGUCGGGACAGAUUCGCACACAACAAUGAUUAAUGGACUUGGCGUUGUAGGAUGGGGAGUUGGCGGUAUUGAGGCGGAAGCGGUCAUGCUUGGCCAAGCUAUUUCAAUGGUACUCCCGAAGGUUGUUGGAUAUCGGAUUUUCGGGCAGCUUAGUCAGUUAGCCACUUCAACUGACGUAGUCCUCACGAUCACGAAACAUCUUCGUCAGGUUGGCGUGGUAGGAAAAUUUGUAGAAUUUUAUGGGCCAGGCGUUACAGAACUCUCGAUUGCCGAUCGUGCAACUAUCAGUAACAUGUGUCCUGAGUAUGGAGCCACAGUUGGUUUCUUUCCGGUUGACGAGAAAACCAUCGCUUAUCUUAGACAAACAAACCGCCCCGCUGAACAAAUUGCUUACGUUGAAUCGUAUAUGAAAGCAGCUGGCAUGUUUAGGGAUUUUAAUAAGCACGACGAAGAUCCUGUCUUUUCUGAAACGUACGAACUUGACCUGAGUACAGUGGUCCCAUCUCUCUCUGGUCCUAAGCGUCCCCAAGAUCGAAUUGCUCAAUCAGAUUUCAAGUUGGAUUUCAACGAAUGCCUGAGGAAUAAGGUUGGCUUCAAGGGGUUUGGCAUAGCAGAAGAAAAAUUGGCCACAGCCGCACCGUUUGAGUACGAAGGAGCAACGUAUACCCUUCGACAUGGCUCAGUGGUUAUUGCUGCCAUAACCAGUUGUACUAAUACAUCAAAUCCAUCAGUAAUGCUUGGUGCUGGACUAUUAGCCAAAAAAGCUGUGGAAGCUGGAUUAGAAGUGGCACCAUACAUAAAGACUUCGUUAUCUCCCGGAAGCGGUGUCGUUACGUAUUACCUUAAAGAAUCGGGAGUUAUUCCAGCAUUGGAAAAACUCGGAUUCAACAUUGUCGGGUAUGGCUGUAUGACUUGUAUUGGGAAUAGCGGUCCGCUGCCCGACGCCGUUGUUGAAGCUAUUGAAAAGAAUGACCUAGUGUGCUGUGGCAUACUGUCUGGAAACCGAAAUUUUGAAGGCAGAAUCCACCCAAAUACUCGGGCUAACUAUUUAGCCUCUCCUCUCUUGGUUGUAGCCUAUGCCAUUGCAGGUACGGUAGAUAUCGACUUUGAAACCGAGCCGCUUGGCUAUUCUGCAGAUAAGAAGCCCGUCUUUUUGCGAGACAUCUACCCAACCCGCAAAGAAAUACAGGCUGUCGAACAACAGUUUGUGAUUCCUGCAAUGUUUCAACAUGUCUAUUCGCGCAUCACGAUAGGCAGUGACUCGUGGAAUAAGCUCGAAUCCCCAAAAUGCAAUCUAUAUCCGUGGGAUGACAAUUCAACCUAUAUUAAGAGACCUCCAUUUUUUGACAACAUGACUAAAGACAUUCCAGCAUUAGAAUCUAUUAAAGAAGCCCAUGUUCUACUUCUUUUAGGAGAUUCAGUUACUACUGACCAUAUUUCACCGGCUGGCAGUAUUGCACGCAAUAGCCCUGCUGCUCGAUAUUUGGCUUCUCACGGGUUAUCUCCUCGUGAAUUUAAUUCGUAUGGGGCGCGUCGUGGAAAUGACGAAAUAAUGGCACGUGGUACUUUUGCCAACAUUCGUCUCAUCAAUUAUUUGGUGUCAAAACCUGGUCCGAGAACCAUCCACAUCCCAUCAGGGGAAGAAAUGGACAUUUUCGAUGCAGCCGAGCGCUAUCGUAAGGAAGGACAUGAUUUGAUCGUAAUAGCUGGAAAAGAAUACGGCACUGGCUCCUCCCGAGAUUGGGCAGCUAAAGGUCCCUGGAAACUUGGAGUGACAGCGGUUAUUGCCGAAUCUUUUGAACGGAUCCAUCGAUCAAAUUUGGUUGGAAUGGGUAUCUUACCAUUGCAGUUUCUUGAAGGACAAAAUCCCAAAAGUCUUGGUUUGACGGGAAAAGAAAAAUUUACCAUCAAUAUUCCCCAAGAUAUUAAGCCAGGACAAGUAAUUGAUAUCCAGGUUGCUGAAGGUAGCAGUUUCCAGGCACAAGUGAGAAUUGAUACCGAUGUAGAACUUGCCUAUGUCAGGAACAAAGGUAUUCUGAACUAUAUGGUUAGAAAGCUAGCCUAAAGUGAGCUUUGCCUACAAAAGAAAUAUAUUCUGAUGAAUUAUGUUGUUGGUUUUCCAAUGGGGAUAAAUUGCUCACUUUUAUUUUAUUUUCUUCAGCUAUUGUUAUAUCUAUAUGGUUACAAUAUACAUGAAAAGAUAAUUAUCA